UCUUCUCGUCUUCUGAGGUGUACUGCCCAUCGUCACUCAACAACCUAAUCCAAUCAAAUGAUUCAAUCAGACCGGGGGGGGUUGGAAUUAAACGAGACCAAAUCCAACAAUAAAUUGUCUUCUUCACACAAAUCGUCUGAAAUUUAAGAACGGGUUGGUGUCGCAGUUGCAUUCUGCAGUGUGAAGAGACUGAUCUGAGCGCAAAGAAUCCAGGACACCACACUAUAUUUCUGACUUCCUGCGUGUUAGCAAAGCUUUGGUAAUGGCACUGGACGGAUGUGGCCAGCUGUGCAAGUGUAUCCUCAUCAUUUUCAACAUCAUUUUUGCCUUGGUGGGUUUUGCGAUGUUCGGGUUGGGCUUGUGGCUGAGGUUCAGCUCUGAGACCAGAGGAUUUUUCAACAUAGACCUCAACACACAACAGUUUGUAAUCUGUGUGUCAGUGUUGAUUGUGUUAGGAGCAGUGAUGUUGCUCGUGGCUGUUUUCGGAGACUGUGGAGCAUGCAAUGAGAAUAUGAAUGCAUUGGCAGUGUUUUCCUGCCUGCUGGCUAUCCUGACUGGAUUAGAGAUUGGAGCCGGUGUGUUAGCCUACAUGAGAAGCGAUGAGGUGGGAAAGCAGCUGGCAAAAUUCUAUAUGACUGUGUACGCUCAGUAUGUGGACAAAAGAGACCCUGGCUUGGCUGUUACCCUGUCAAUAUUCCACAAUGUGUUGCACUGCUGUGGAAUCAUUGGUGCCUUUGACCUCUUGGUAAAAAAAACAUGUCCCGAAACCAGCCUUUUGGAGACCUUCACUCUCCCUGCCUGCCCCACAAUGAUCGUCAACCUCUUUGAGUCCAAAGCGCCUCUGGUGAUGGGCCUCUUCCUUGGGACUGCUGCUAUGCUGAUCACAGCCCUGGUGUGCUGCAGCAUCCUCAUGAAACAGAUCAAGAGGAGUCACCUCUCUUCCCCCGUGUACUGAGGGGACAGGACCACCAUGUUCAAACAUUUUUCUCCACUAUGAGCCCAAAGCAGAUGGUUGUCAUUCAGUGACCAUCACCCCAUUCUUUCACUUAAUACUUCUGGAGAGGCGCCCAAUAAAAAUGGAUGUCUUAAUUAGCUUUCAUUCAUUUGCGUAGCUGGACAGGGCUCUGGAUCAUCUGGACAUGCUUUAGCAGGGCUCAGAAUGAGACCACACCCUCCAUUUAGAUGACAUAUGAACAGGGCAGACAAGACACUGUUGCUCUGUAAGCAGCUGUUUGUUCUGCCCCUCUUCCCACUGUAGUCCUUAAUCUUCAUAAAAAAAWWUUUUUUAAACCUUUAAAAAAAUCACUGUUACCAAAUAUUAGUGAAUGUAUAUAGCUGCUCUUGCUGACAUUAAUGCUGCUUACAUGAAAGGGACCAUUUUAUUAAGGUAGUCAUACAGAGCAUUGAAUGAGGGCACUGCUGUAAUCAGACAAGUGACGCACUGUCCAACAUUACCUUUCCCUGUAAUCACAUCAGUUUAGAAUCAUGUUUGUGUUGCAAUACUUUUACAAGUUUCAAAGUUUAAAUAUCAAUGUACUGCUGACAGAAUUAGCAUCUUAACAUGAUCUUAAGACUUAGGAAAUUAAUUUACGAGGAUUUAACUGCAAACUGGAUUAAUCCGUAGUUGGUUCUCUAUGCCAAAUUAAGUACAUUUAUUAAUAACAUCUAAUCAUUCUACACAAUUACAAUACUAAUCCCCCAACUCCAGCUCUACUUGUACACCCUGAGGUGAUAUGGAAUGAAGAAAUCAGUCUUUCAUGUUUGGAUGUUGACGUGGGAUGAUAUCAUAUGCAAAGUUGAGUCAGGGAUCCUUAAAUAUGGCUCUAACGUUCUGUUUGCUUGACUUAUUACUUUGAUGCCAAUUUCUAGCUUAUGAACAACUGUUUUUUAUAAGCAAACUAAUGUAUGCAACUGGGAUACAUUUCCUUGUAAUGUUGAGUCACUCCAAUCGCAGCGGAUGUGAAACUUUAUUGCUUAACCUUAUUGCUCUUGGGAAUCAUAUCUCCCUGAAUGCCCCGUCAAGCAGCAGUUGUACUGGAGGCUGUUGAGUGUGAUAGAAUAAACACUUCAUAUGAAGUGGCUUGGUACACUAGCCAAAGUGUUGCCCUGUAAAUGUAGGCCGUGUCAGGCAGGAGUGGGCCAAAUGGUGUACUUAACCAGGUCAAGUGUCUUGUAGGAAGUCUUAUUUUAUGAGAACUACAAUUUCUAAUGCUUUUUUUGCACUCUGAGAACCGCUUAUGUUCUGUUACAAGCUAAUACUACUGACUGUGCAACUUGGCACCAAAUGUGGAGAUUUUUGGUAAAAUAAAGUUGUUUUUUUCUUCCUUG